AUGAAUAAUACGCCUAUAAUAACAUUCUCACAAAGCAAUAAAGGCAAGCGUGUACUUGUCUGUGAUGGUUAUGUGUAUCAUUUAAACAAGUCAUGCUCGAAGGUCAAGUACUGGCGUUGUGAAAACCGUCUCUGUGCUGCUGUUAUUCAUACUGAUAUCAAUGACCAAUUCAAAGUACGCAAAGGUGAUCACUCAAGUCAUCUAUCUUCGCCGGAACACAUCGAAAUUCUUAGCUUGAAAUCUAAUAUAAAACAACGCGUAGUUACUGAAGCUACACCAAUUGGUCGUAUUUACGAUGAAGAAGUAGCCAAAGCUCAAUUGAGUCAAACUGCUUUAAGCAUAGUCGCAUCAGCUCAAGAUGCUAAGUCACCAUUAAAUCGAAUUCGUCGACUUGAAACUCCUCUUCUACCAAAAUCAUGUCGUUUUGAUAUUCCUACUCUUUAUAAUCAUACAAUCAACGUAGAACGAUUUUUACUUUACGACAAAAUGAGACGAAAUAAAAGAAUACUUAUUUUCGCUACAGAUGAUCAACUACGUGUCCUUUUUAAAGCUAAACACAUAUUAAUGGAUGGUACGUUCUCGUCAUGCCCACCAUUUUUUGACCAAGUUUACACGCUUCAUGCAAUUAAGUUCGAACAGAGUUUUCCAUGUGUGUUUGCUCUUCUCACGGGUCGCUCUAGUUCUAUCUACAAAGAAAUGCUUCAACAACUCGAAGAAGAGGCUGAGCGCCUUCAAAUGGACUUUGUACCUAAUCAAAUAACAACUGACUUUGAAAAGGCACUUGUAAAACCAUUACGAGAACAGUUUCCUGGAGCUCGUCACACCGGCUGCUUUUUCCACUUUUGCCAAGCCAUUUACAGAAAGAUUCGAGAACUUGGUUUAAGUAACACAUACAAAGAUGAUGCAAAUGCUCGCAAUUUUUGUCGUCGCCUGAUGGCCUUACCCCUUCUACCACUAAAUGAAGUAGAAUUUGCAUUUGAAGAACUUACUGAACAAUGCCCAGACGUUCUUGCACCACUUUUCGUCUAUUUCGAUAAUUACUGGAUGAAACAAAUAUCUUUGAUUUUAUGGAACGUAUCUGACUUAAAAACACGGACUAACAAUAAUUGCGAAGGCUGGCACAAUCGUUUCAAUCGUCGUGUUGAUAAGAUGCACCCUAACAUAUGGCAUUUUAUUGAUGUUCUCAAGAGAGAAGAAGUUCAUUUCCAACAAAAGCUUCUCCAUGCGAAGAGUGGCUUCUUCAAGAAACAAUCGAAAAGAACCUGCAUUAUUCAAGAACGUCUCGAAGUCUUAGCCAAUCAUUUUUCAAAUAAUGAAAUUGAUGUGAACGAAUAUCUCGAAGGUCUUUCAAUGAUCGUAGCAAAGGAUAAAACGAAAAAAAAACUUAACAGCUGA